UAUCCCACGGCCUCUGUCUACAGCUCAGGUAGCGUCUCUGUCCCUCCAGGUUGUCACCCCGCCUCACCCCAGCUAGACUAUCAUCUACCAUGGCUGCUUUCAACGGAAAAUGGAAAUUGACCAAGGUGGAUAACUUUGAGGCUUACUUGGACGCCUUAGGUGUCUCUGCUGAUCUCAAAACGAAGGCCGUAAGCCUGCUGACUCCGUCCAAUGAUAUCUUCCAAGAGAUCAACGUGUCAGGGGAUAGCAUCACGUUAAAGUCCGUCACACCGUUGUGGACUCGUGAACACACCGCAAAGUUUGGGGAAGCUUUCAAUGAACCUGACUUGGAAGGAAAAGGUGAACUGACGAUUGUAAUCAAUCAGGAAGGUGAUAAGCUCACAGAACAGCAGACUGGAAAGUACACAUCAACAACGUCAGGGAGAUUGCCGGAGGGAAUCUCGUCUACGUCAGUAUUCACUUGA